AUGCCGAGACUCAUUGUGGAUGAUGCUACGUUAUCAGAUGAUGGCAAAUGGGGAGCCGCUUCGACACUCAACAUUCCACUUGAAGGCUCGCGGCACAUGAUUCAAAUCGACAAGGUUGGUGGCUGUGGCAAAGGAAUACAUGAGGAUCGUACAUGGCGCUUUGGAUACGUGACGAUUGUCAAUGGAUAUGGAUCAUUUCAAGAGAACAAAAAUGUUGAGAUCAAUCAUGAGCAUCAGGAACCACGUCCGACAAGUUUGGUGAUUGAAUGCACGGCAGCCGUUCUGAGUACUUGA